AUGGCCAUCGUUUACUUCGAGACAAGCUGGGCCAUCUUGAGCACUAUCGGCGUGGCCAACACACUUUUUGGCUUCAUCAUUGCUGGCAUCACGGCCUUUUCGCCCGUAUCACUUAUACCUAUUGUUGUUUCUGUCGCAGGCUCUAUCGCAAAUGGGUUAUGUUAUUACAGCUUCUAUGCAGACUACCCCAUCUUGAAUACGGCGGUUGCGUCUGGUGUUGCGGAUGUCAUGUGGAUGAUUCAAGAAGCAGGCAUUUCAUUCUACAGUUAUGCUAUUCUCACCCGCGUUCUGCGCAGCCGCGACCGUAUCAUUUUUAUGACUCUUUUCUGGAUAGUGAUAGGGACCAUCUUUGUUCUCAGGAUGAUGAUACUGGUUUCUCGGGUGAAGAUACUCGUGAACGGAGAGUCUGAUCUAAUGCCAACCAUCAACGGUCUCCAUGUUGGCUAUUUCUCAUCCUUAGCUGUGCUUGAGUGUCUCAGCGCUUUCUUCCUCCUGCGCAAGUUUGCGGCGGCAAAGUCAAUAUCGCAAGGGGCAUCAAUCGCGCCGACUCUCUUCCAGCAUUUGAUGCGAAGCACAGAGAUACGCCUUGCCAUCCUGGCAUUGAUCGGAGUCACGAGGGCAGUCACCUACUUUUUCCAGCCCGCAGUUCAGCAAGCCCGGACAGUGGCAGGCCAGAUCGACAGAUUUGUUUACACACUUGAGUGUAUGUUUCCGGUGAUGAUCUUCAUUGACAUCCUGGCAUCCCGUCUUGUGCAUGAGCAAACGACUCAUGAGAAUUCUUCUUUUCGGCUUGCGAAUAGGCGAAACUCAAGUCAAGAGCGUCUGCCUUCAGCUGGAGACAAUGGAACACAAGUCGCCUCCGUAUGGAGCGGUGGAAAGAGAGUAAAUUUACAGGUUCGAAGGGAGUCCGGAACAAGCCGAUCGUCGCUCUUCCCGCCAGAGAACGUGAGCGACGGCUCCGACAGGAGUACCCGCGAUUUUGGCAUGAUUGAUUAUACUAUCACCUCAGGGAUCACUAAAACAAUCGAGAUCAAGGUCGAAAACAGUGCUCGCAAGCGGUCACAAGAUGCUGCAGAGACGGGCUCUACCUGA